GAAAUUCAAAUUCAAAAUCCCCCUCUCGCUCUCUCUCUCUCUCUCUCUCUGUCCGUCUCUGUCUGCCCUCCAAUGGCAGCUUCAAACACCUUCACGACCACACCGACCAGGACCCCAUCGGCGAAAGCCACCACCGGCGCCGUCUCCGUCUCCAGAAAGCACCCUUCCUCAACUGAAUCAUCGGCCUCCGAUUUCAAGACCAGAUUCGAAGCCUACAACCGUCUUCAGGCCGCUGCAGUGGCCUUCGGCGAAAAGCUCCCGAUUCCCGAGAUCGUCGCCAUCGGCGGCCAGUCCGAUGGCAAGAGCUCGCUCCUCGAAGCCCUUCUCGGGUUCCGCUUCAACGUCCGCGAGGUCGAAAUGGGCACCCGAAGGCCUCUUAUCCUCCAAAUGGUCCACGACCCUAACGCGUUGGAGCCCCGCUGCCGCUUUCAGGAGGAGAAUUCUGAAGAAUAUGGAUCUCCUAUUGUUUCAGCAUCUGCAAUUGCUGAUCUUAUAAAGUCACGGACAGAAGCACUUUUGAAGAAAGCUAGAACUGCAGUUUCCUCAAAGCCUAUUGUGAUGAGAGCAGAAUAUGCCCAUUGCCCAAAUCUCACCAUUAUUGAUACACCAGGCUUUGUCCUCAAGGCAAGAAAGGGUGAACCAGAAAACACACCAGAUGAGAUUCUGUCAAUGGUGAAGUCAUUGGCCAGUCCACCUCAUCGUAUCCUCUUAUUCCUUCAGCAAAGUAGCGUGGAAUGGUGCUCUUCUCUCUGGUUGGAUGCCAUUCGCGAAAUUGAUCCGACAUUCAGACGGACAGUAAUUGUUGUAUCCAAAUUCGAUAACCGGCUCAGGGAAUUUAGUGACCGGUGGGAGGUGGAUCGUUAUUUGACUGCAAGUGGUUACCUAGGAGAGAAUACCAGACCCUUUUUUGUGGCGUUGCCAAAGGACAGGAGCACAGUUUCAAAUGAUGAAUUUCGCAGGCAAAUAUCUCAGGUGGAUCAAGAAAUAUUAUGCCAUCUGCGUGAGGGUGUUAACGGGGGAUUUGAUGAAGAAAAAUUCAGGUCCUAUAUAGGUUUUUCUUGUCUCAGAGAUUACUUGGAAGCUGAGCUUCAAAAGCGAUAUAAAGAAGCAGCACCAGCAACUUUAGCGUUGCUUGAACAACGCUGCAGUGAAGUCACUGCUGAAUUGGCAAAAAUGGACUCCAAGAUACAGGCUACCUCUGAUGUUGCUCAACUUCGAAGAUCUGCAAUGCUGCAUGCUGCAUCUAUCUGCAAUCAUGUGGGAGCCUUGAUUGAAGGAGCAGCUGAUCCUGCCCCAGAGCAAUGGGGGAAAACAACAGAAGAGGAACGGUCAGAGAGUGGUAUUGGGAGCUGGCCUGGUAUCACAACAGAUAUAAAACCUCCCAAUGCCAGGCUUCGUCUGUAUGGGGGAGCUGCCUUUGAGAGGGUCAUGCAUGAAUUUCGAUGUGCUACACAUUCCAUUGAAUGUCCUCCAGUAUCAAGGGAGAAGGUGGCAAAUAUACUACUUGCACAAGCUGGUCGUGGUGGGGGUCGAGGAGUUACAGAGGCAGCUGCUGAGAUUGCACGUGCUGCUGCACGAUCAUGGCUUGCUCCUCUUCUUGACACAGCAUGUGACCGGCUUGCCUUUGUUCUGGUGAACCUCUUUGAUCUUGCUGUUGAACGAGAACACUGCCGAAAUUCAGAUUAUGGAAGGAAAACUGGAGAGAUGGAUGGGUAUGUUGGUUUUCAUGCUGCCUUGAGACACUCUUAUAGCCGCUUUAUAAAGGAUCUUGCAACACAGUGCAAGCAAGUUAUCCGGCAUCAUCUUGAUUCAGUUACAAGCCCAUAUUCUCCAGUCUGUUAUGAGAAUGACUACUCGGGGAAUUGUGGCUUGGUUACAAACUCCAUUUACAGAUUCGAUCAGUCUUCAGCUACUUCAUUUUGUCUUGAGCUAUCUGAGGGGGGAGUCGCAUCUCGAGAUGAAACUAGGAAAGACCAAGAAAACAUUCCUCCAGAAAAGAAUGUCCAGCAAACCACACCAGGAAAAGUUGUAGAAGCCAGAGAAACUCAUCGAGAAAGCCAAAUGACUGUACCAGAGACUCCUUCACCUGACCAACCAAGUGAUGGAAAUUAUCUUGGAGUUAAGAAGGAACUUGGAAACUGUGUUGAGGUAGGUGCACGGAAGCGUCAUGCUAGGACUCUAGGAAAUAACAGAAAUUCAGAUCAUUUAAGAGUCCAAAAUGGUGUUGGUCUCUUCUAUGAGAGUUCAGAUGGCAGUUUAAGAUCGGGGUCAGCUUACUCAGAUAUUUGUUCUUUAGCUGCACAGCAUUUUGCACGUAUACGCGAAGUUCUGGUUGAGCGGAGUGUGACAUCAACUUUAAAUUCUGGCUUCUUGACCCCUUGCCGGGAACGUCUUGUGUUAGCACUUGGACUUGAUUUGUUUGCCGUCAAUGAUGAGAAAUUUAUGGACAUGUUUGUUGUACCUGGAGCAAUUGACAUCUUACAAAAUAAAAGGCACUCUCUUCACAAGCGCCAGAAAAUAUUGCACUCUUGCUUGAACGAGUUCAAGACUGUGGCACGCACACUUUGAUGUAAUCUUCUAUUAGAGAAAACCUACCAAUAUCACUAUGAAUACCUGUUUCACCAUCUUCCGAACAUUUAUGUGUAUGUUCAGGUGGGUCUCACAACAUCCUUUCUCAGGAUUUUACUUCUCCCUACCAAAUCACAAAAAGUGACCGCAGAGGUUUCACACCUAGGAACCACCUAUAUUUAGCCAGGUUUUUUUCUUGUAUCUUCCCAAGUUCAGUGGCUCGUAUUUGGUCCAGUGAAGAUAUGCUUGCAUAUUGGUUGUUGUUUUUCUAUUUUUUGGAGUAUUGAUUGUAGAACAAUAUGCUCUUUCAGGCUCAAUUUUCCAUUUGAAUGAUAAGGUAGAUAUGGUGAUUUUUUUAAGUACUAAGAAAAAUCAGGGGCAAUCUUGUGGUUGCUGUAAACAGAAAUCUAAUUCAUUUCUGCUUUCCAUCUGAGCAUGUUUUCCCUUUAGUUGACGGUUAUACGAACACAUGAACUCAUCUAUUUUCAGAAACACAAAUUAGUAAAUUUCUCAGAGCGGUGUCUCCAUCAGUUUGAAAAUAAAAUGUUAGUGCCAUCCAUGUUAGUGAUUCCAAAAAGUGGAGACGUUCUCCAAUGGUACUGACAUUGACAAUUAUAACACUUUAGUCCUGUGAAGAAUGCAGAGGAAACAUAAAAGUAACACUCUGUCCUGUGAAGAAUAAAAGGGAAACAUAAAAGAAAGAAGGUGCCUUUCCCCUUCAUUUCUAGAGUAUCCAUUCCCCAACUUUGGGACCUAGUCCAACCAUAUAAGACUUUAAUUAUUCUAAAAUUUAUAAAAAUAUAUGCAAACUUUAUUAAUGAGUCCUUAGUCCUUACAAUACUACACCUUAGUACAACAACAACAAGCCUUAGUCCCACUAGAUGGGUUGGCUACGUAAUAUUUGAUUUGAUGAGUUUUAUGGUAAUUGACUCUUAUCUAACACAACCCCUAUCCUUUGUUUGCGCUACGUAUUAGUUGUAUAUUGAAGGAACACCUCUAGAGAAUUACUCAAUUCACAGGCAGAGUUAAUCCUACACAUGAGUAGUUUUUCAUAUUAUCAGUUUGGUUAGAAAAAGCUUAGAGCCUGUUUGAUAGUACAUAUUUUUCAUAGAAAAUGUGUAAUCAUGUGUAAUUAUUACACAUUUUCUAUGAAAACAAUCAAAUAUCCUUAACUUUUCUAUGAAAAAAUUGUGUAUGGUACAAGCAUUUAAAGGUU